AUGGCAAGACUAUCGCUCGAUGAUUUUGACCAACAUAUCAACAGCCUACGCGCCCAGUUGCUGUUUCUCAACGAGACUCUUGAGGCGACAGAUCACAAUGCCCCCGACUGGCUGGCGACGGAUCUUAUAUCGCUACGAAAUAAAUCGGGUAGACUGCAUGACGACAUGAAGAGGUUUAGAGACCAGCUUGAAAGCGAGGGAUUGGCAGAGAAGAAGGUCAAGACUUCAAACAAGCGACUCAGCCUUGAAGGCGCAAAGUACGCUUCACCGACCCCCAAUACCCAGACUCACGCAUCAAGUUCGCAUGCCAUAUCCCCUCUCCCCGGCCAAUCGCCCACGCCACGCGCCAAAACAGCGCAGGCGGAAGGAGCCCACCUAGUUCAGCACGUCGAUGUUACAGAAGAGGUCAAUAGGCGACUACAAGAGAGCCGUUUACGGCGCUUGAUGCAGACUCCUAGCACUGCACAGAAGCGAAAGUACGACGAAUACGAGGAUGCGCCCAACUCAGGCGGGCCGGCCGCAACAGACGAAGGCUUGAAGAACCAGCAAAGCGGAGGCGAAUACGAGAAAACGCCAACGAAACGGCUGAGGAGUAGUGGGUUGUUUGAGCAUACAGGAGACAGGAAAGACGACGGCCCUGUGAGGUAUGACACGGAACGAUUUGACGACAGAACCGACGUAAAAAGACGAAAGUUUCGAUGA